AUGGGUCGUCUUGUUCGUGUUUUACGAGGUGAGUGGUCAAAAUCUGAGGAAGGGUUUUGGAGGUUCGACGGUGAUCCUGGAGAUAUGGAACAGUACGUUCUUGUCAAGCAAAACGAACCAAUAAAUUCCUUGAUCGGCCUAGUACGCGAGGAAUUUAUGCUUACCCCACAUACGCCGUUGUUACUGACUUAUCAGCUUCCGCCAUGGAUGCUCAUGCCUGACGGCCCUAGAGCCGCUCCAUUGAACAUUGUAUGUUCUGGUGACGUUGAAAUGAUGAUGAGUGUCCAUGAGUGGACAAGUGAAGUCAAUCUGUGUGUCACGUACGGUGCAGAAGCCGUCGCAAGAUAUGGUUUCCUCUGCAGGACUCCUUUCAGGUUCGGACAGAGGUCUUACCUAGGCCACGGAGUAAGCGAGGAGCAGCACCUGGCGGCUAUCAAUGGACUUAUAGGGAGGGAUCCUUUCGUAUGCAGCGAGACUGUUAUGCGAGAGAUAUUCAGGGAGGAUGAGAUGGUCAUCUUAUAUCGAGUAUCUUUUGAGGUUGAAAAGGCCCGUAGAAGCCUCGAUUUGAAUGCACACCCACCACCGGAGGAAGUGGUAGUUGAUAUGAGUAUGAGUGAUGAUGGGGUUGUCCCGGAGGUGGGAAGACGUGGAAAUGCGCAGCAGCAUAUAGGGCGUAGUAAUGAAAUGGAAGGUAUGUAGAGCUAUGCUAAAUGUGUUAUAUCCGGAUAAAAUAGUAUAAU